AUGGAGGCUACAGCCAAGUACGACUAUAAAGCCACAGCCGAUGAUGAACUCAGCUUCAGGAAGGGAGAGCAAUUGCAGAUUCUGCAGACCACUGGAAACUGGUACAAGGCAGAACUCAAUGGAGUUGAGGGCUUUGUACCCCAAAACUAUAUCGACAUGGAUCUGCCCAGCUGGUACCAGGAGGACUCCAGUCGAAGCGACGCCCAGCAGAAGCUGAUGUCAGAGCCUGUGGGGGCCUUUCUCAUUCGGGGAAGCCAAACUGCAACCCUGGGUCACUUCUCCAUAUCUGUCAGACAUGCAGCAGAUGUGCAGCACUUCAAGGUGAUGCGGGACAGCAGAGGGCAGUAUUACCUCUGGUCACAGAAGUUCCCUUCUCUCAACCAGCUGGUGGAAUAUUACAAAAAAAAUUCUAUCUCCAAACAUUGUCCGAUAUUCCUAAAAGAGAUGGAACAACAGGUAGGAAACCUACUCAUAGCAACAUAUGUAAGACAUGUCCACUCACUGCAAUGUGUUUGUAGUCCAACAAAGAGCCGUCUUUCCACCUCUCCCCACUCCUCCACCUCUCCCCACUCCUCCGCUCCCCGACCUCCCACCCACACCUGCGCCGCGAAAGAGAUUUUUGGUCCUGUAAAGUUCAGUGACACUUGGUUCGUGGUGGGUCUGUGUGUCAUCCUGUACGUCCUCCUCCUCUGUGCGCAGCGCAAAGCCUCCUCCACGCUGAAGGUCAGAGCUCUGUACAGUUUCCACGCUGAAGAGAUGGACGAGCUGGAGUUCAGUGCUGGCGAUAUCAUUAAGGUCCUGGACUGCUCUGAUCCGGCCUGGUGGAGAGGCCAGCUGAGGGACAAGACAGGCCUGUUCCCCACCAACUACACCAAACCCAUCUGAGAGGAACACAAACAGGGAAAUGCAUGUAAUAGUACAUUAACUGUGCCAUAUGACUAAUGCAAAUUCUUGAAACUUUACCCGAACUUACAGAAAGUCACAACCCUAAACUAUCAGCAAAAGUGUCCUGUGAAGGAAAGUGUAAGUUGCCUAGAAUAAAUAUGAAGACUAACUUGUUGGUUUAAGCACACACAUACUGUACAUGGAUCUCUGUUUCUCGUCAUGGCAAACUUACUGUUAAAGACAUACCUUAUCACGUAAGGAGUCAAUAUAAAUACAUGUAUUUAUAAGACAUUUGAAAUACUGACAUCUGCUUUUACAACGUGACUGAUGCUGAACACAUAUAAGUUGAACCGAUUACACGGUCAUAUACUGUAGUUACCUGUUAGA